AUUUGUUUGCUUUAAAACGGACGGCGCAACCGAACACUAAUAUAAACAAUUAAUUUUUUUUUUAGAUCUUGUACUAUAACCCUUAGUGACACCUGUCUACGGUAUAGUUUUGUUUUGAAGUGAUCCAUUUGUUGAACAGACCAUAAGGUUAGCUGAGAUUGAUUAGCAGCUAACGCUAGCUGCACCAGAACCUCUGCACACUGUUGUGAUUGCAUCUAGACAGCCUUCACCAUGGAAGCAGAGGUUGGAUUUCUACGUGAUCAAGUCCACAGACUAAAUUCUGCCCUCAGCCAAUAUCAGUAUGGACAGCACACUCAGUCCACACCAUCUCAGGCUGAUGAGGCAAGACGGUCAGAGUCUCCUUCACCCUGGAUCUCAGAUAGAAGUAUAAUGGCUCCUCUGAUAGCAGAGUAUGAUCGGCACAUGGAAGAAAUGACCGAACAGCUGCAGAGAUACCAGGGGCAGAUGUCAGACGUCAAAGUGAAGUUGGAGAGGGUCGUCAAGGAAAACGAAAGGCUACAUGCAGAGCUCAGGGAGUCUGUUGAGAAGCAGCUUCACGCCCUGCCGGUGGCUUCAGGAGUGGAGGGCAGCACGCUGGAGGAGGAAGCAGUCACCAGAAACCUCCAAGAGCAGGUCCAGCUGUGUGAACAGGAGCGGUUACAGGCCAUGGAGCUGUGGCAGACAACCGCCCAGGAGCUGGACCUCCUCCAGCAGACCUACCAGAAGACCAUCUCUGACGGACAGAUCCACGAUACUCAGAGGCAGCAGCUCAAGGAUCAGCUUGUUCAGUUCCAGCAGCACACACACAAACUUCAAGUGGCCAAUCAGAAACUGGAAUCAACUAACCAGCAGCUCCUGAAGACGGUGACGGAGCAGAGCACGGAGAUGGAGGAUCUACACAGCCAGCUCAGGCAGGCCAAGGCUGAGCUGAGGACUGCCACAGCCAGAGUGGAUGAGAUGACCAAAUUGCUGCAAAAUGUCCAGGACCAGAUGCAGAGACGGGAGGAAGAUGUGGCAGAGGCUCAGGGCCGAGAGGAUGCAUCAGACAGACGACUCCAACAGCUUCAGGCGGCCUUGAGCCAGCUAGAGGCCAGACUAAAAGCUGCAUCUCACGAGGCUGAGGCAGUUCGCAGAGAUCAAACUGUGUGGGAGAGAAAGGUCGGGGAACUCCAGGCACAUUGUACCACCCUAGAAGAGGAGAAGUAUGAAGCCCUGGCCAAAGUCAGAGAGAGUGUUCAGGUGGCUGAGGAGGCUGCAUUGCAGAAGGACCAGGCCCUGUUAAGAGAGAAACAGAAGACAGAGGAGCUUGGGAAAACAAAGGAGGCCAUCAAACAGUUAAUCCAGGAUGCUGCAGUCCGCACCAGAAAAGAGGUGGAUAAUGUGCGAAAGCAGUGCAACGUUCAAAUCCACCGUAUGGCCGAGGAGCUGUCUGCAUUGCAGCUGGAGUGUGCAGAUAAAGAGUCUCAGAUUGCAAAGUCCCUGCGAGAGAGAAAAGCUGUAGAGGAGGAGCUCGAGAAGGUUUAUAAGGAGGGCAGGGCCGAGCCAGAGUACAGGAAGAUGGACGCCCUUCACCAGAGGUGUCUAGAUGCAGAGAGGAUGAAGGAAGACGUGAGCCUCACUCUGCACAGCACACAGAACAAACUAAAAAAGAUUGAGAUGGACUACACUGAGGAGCUGUUAAGGUGCCAGGAGGAAGUGCGGCGGUUACAGGGCUCUCUGGCUGCAGCCCGGGACGACUGUGUCGGUGUAAGCGAGGAGCGGCUCCAGCUGCAACAGGAGAACUUGCAGGUCCGCAAGGAAAUGGAUGAGCUGCGCAAAGCCACCUCGCUAGUCCAAAAGAAGGCCAAACAACAGCUCUCACAGAUGGAGCAGGAGUACAACCUGAAGGAGCAGGGACUUGAUGCACGCGUGCAGGAGCUGGAGGAAAUCAGCCAAAGCUCCAGAGCUGAUCUGACGCGCCUCCUUACAGCACAGCAAAAAAGCACCCAGCGCUGGAAAGAAGAGGCCAAGAACCUUGUACAGGUCUUCGAGACGAAAAUCACUGGCCUCAAAGCAGAGCUGAAUCGACAGAAGCAGCGUUCACAAGAGUUGGAGAUGCAGCUUGAAACUUGCCAUAACACUGUUGCUGAGUGUGAGAGGCAGCUAGUAGAGUAUCAAGAGAAGACGAGUCGUCUUCAGAGACGACUGACACAAUCUGAACAAAAGGCAACUACUGCUACACAACAGCUAAGUAUGUUAACGUCACAGCGAAGGAAAACAGCCAUGGUUGACCCUGAGACUUUUUAACAGCGACUGUCAAAGAAAAAUGUAGCCAUGUGUGUUGAGAGCUGUUUUUGUUAUUUUGUAUAUGAUAUAAACAUUUUGUUAUCAACAAUGGUGUUGUCUGUGAUCUGGUUAUUAGAUGGUAACAUGUUCUAA